AUGAUGUGCUCGCUGGGAUGGACUGUUGUCCUCUGGAGUUUAAAUUCCAUUCACUGCACGUUUGGAAUGGCAGUGAGUGAACCGACAGACGGCUCUUGUCCCCCUCUGAGCGUGGAGGAGCGCAGGUUUACCGAUGCUUUAGAUCGUCCCUUGCAAAUCACAGGAUUCGAUCUCACAGAAAAGUUUCUUCUUCGAAAGGGCACGAUCAUGGAAGACCUGCCGUCGUUUCGUUUAGGAAGCAGUCCACUAAUUAAGCCGACAAAAUUCAUAUUUCAAAAUGGACUUUCAAGUGAGUACUCCCUCGUCACCACCUUCCGGGUCAGAAGAACGACAAAGAAAGACCGCUGGUAUCUUUGGCAGAUUUUCGACCAAUCUGGAGGCAGUCAGGUGUCCGUUGUGGUCGACGGCGGCAAGAAGGUGGUGGAGUUCUCCUUCCUGGGUCUGCUGAAGAACACCCUCCGCUACACAUUUAAGAGCCGAGACCUGCACGCCCUCUUCGAUCGGCAGUGGCACAAGCUGAGCAUUUCCGUGCAGAGCAACAUUGUCUCCAUUUACAUGGACUGCAAGCUCAUAGAACGGAGACUGACCGAUGAGAAGGACGACGUCGACCCCAGUGGGCGAACGCUCAUCACCACACGGGUGGAGGAUGGACGGCCUGUUGACAUUGAACUCAGGCUAUUUCUAAUCUACUGUGACCCCUAUAUGGCGGAGAUGGAAAAUUGCUGUGAGCUGCAGGAACCAAAGUGUGAAGCCAAGAAGACGCUUAAUGGGACUUCUCCUCCCCCGGUGACGGAGAAGCUUCCCCAGAUGCAUUCUCAGCCGGUCCUGCCGUCAAUUGACAGAUGUCACUGUUCGGCAGAAAAGGGGGAGCUGGGGGAAGCCGGGCCGACAGGAAACCUAGGACAUAAGGGAGAACCUGGAUCAGAAGGGCAAAAGGGAAUCGAUGGGGAGAAGGUUGACAAAGAAUGUCUCAAAGGAGAUCAGGGCCCUCAAGGUGACAAAGGAGAAAAGGGAACGGCCGGGGUGCAGGGUCAGCCAGGGGAGCCAGGCAAGGAGGGCAAAAGGGGACGGAGAGGAAAGAGUGGGGAGCCUGGACCCAAAGGCCUGACUAUUCCCUCAGGAACCUCUGAAGGAGCAAGUAUCAAGGGGGAGAAGGGCGAGUCGGGAGUCCCGGCGGACAAAGGAGAGAGAGGAGACCCCGGUCAGCCAGGUGCAGAAGGUACCGACGGAAUGAAGGGACAAAAAGGUGAUAUUGGCCCUCCUGGUCCUCCCGGUCCUGUGAUGACAGCUCAUGGAUUGAGACACCUCUCUGGAUCUGAUGAAAUGAAAGAGCGGAGCCAAAAGGGAGAAAAGGGGGAUCAGGGGGAGCGAGGAACACAAGGACUGCAAGGCUUCAAGGGCCUGCCUGGACCCACUGGACUCCCAGGACUCCCAGGCGAGCCAGGAUCCUCAGGGGAGCCGGGGGGGCCUGGGAGAGAUGGCCUGAAAGGAGAAAAGGGGGACUCUGGUGGAGUGAUGGCGCCACAGGGACCUCCGGGUCCCAAGGGUGAGCCUGGAGAACCCGGAGGCGGCUAUAUGGGCGACGGGUUGCCCCUAACCAGAGGGUCUCGCGGACCCAAGGGUGAGAGAGGUGUCCCGGGGUUGCCGGGAGAACACGGUGAAAAAGGCGAAGUUGGAGAGAGUGUCAUGGGUCUUCCUGGCCUCAUGGGACCCUCAGGAAAGCCGGGAAUGGAGGGCCCUCGUGGAUCCACGGGUUUAUCAGGCCCCCCUGGAGCUCCAGGAAGAGAGGGCUCCCCUGGUCGAUCAGGCCCCCCGGGCCCUGCUGGACCCGCAGGUGAACCAAUUGCUCUGCCACUCGUCGGAGACAUGGGAGCUUUACUUAAGAAUGCCUGCAGUGUGUGCCAGACGAGAGUCCCAGGUAUGCCCGGGCAAAGAGGAGAGACGGGGACCCCCGGAGCGCAAGGAGUUGAAGGCAUGGUGGGAGAAAAGGGAGAUCCAGGUAUAAGAGGCCCUAUGGGUAACCCCGGGAAAGAAGGUCCAAAGGGGGUGAAAGGAGAGAGAGGGUUCCCAGGCCCGACAGGAGACAAAGGAGAUGAGGGUCCUUCAGGAGUACCAGGGAUGCCUGGUGUGACCGGUCGUACAGGGGCCCCGGGGCUGUUGGGAAGACCUGGUCCACCGGGCCAAUCAGGAGGAAAAGGAGAUAGAGGAAACGAAGGACCCACGGGCAGACCAGGGCUCCCAGGGCCUCCAGGUGUACCCUACGUGGAGGGCAAUGGGAUGAGCAGUCUGUACAAGCUGCAGAGCGGAGGAGCUCUUUUAGGACCCCCUGGAGCUCCCGGUGCUCCGGGUCCCAAAGGAGACGAAGGGGUUGCAGGGGAACCAGGGGCCAUGGGAUUACCCGGGCUGGAAGGGCUACCCGGUGCCAAGGGUGAUAUUGGUUUGCCUGGUUCACCAGGGACAUCAGGUCCUCCAGGGAAGCCCGGAACUCGUGGAGAACUAGGGAUCCCUGGAGAACCGGGUGAGCGGGGGCCGCUCGGAGAGACAGGAUUCCCAGGGCCUGAGGGACCCCAAGGUGUUCCUGGGAGGCCGGGCAAAGACGGAACUCCAGGAUACAAGGGAUCUUCAGGUACAGCAGGGGACAGGGGAUCCAAAGGAGAACGUGGCGAUACAGGGAUAUCUGGGGAGAGAGGUGUCCAGGGCGAGCGAGGUCGCACAGGAGACCUCGGCCCGAUUGGACCCAUGGGACCAGCCGGCCACAAGGGGGAUCCCGGCCCUCCAGGGCAGCUGGGGAGUUCAACCUUCCUGGGAGAUCCUGGCGUCAUGGAGGAGCUCAAAAUCUUUAUCCAAAACCAAGUAUUGCGGAUCCUUGAAGAGAAGCUAUCGAGUGCUGCCAUGAUGCAGAAGACACCCGCAGGCAUCUUAGGUUCACAAAUUCAGGGGCCUCCAGGACCUCCUGGAAAGGACGGAUUUCCAGGCCCGCCAGGAGAGCAUGGACCUCCUGGUCCUCAAGGCUACAGGGGUCAGAAAGGAGAACGAGGGCAGCUCGGUCUAGGGUUACCAGGAGAUCCAGGACCUACUGGAGCACCAGGUCCUCCUGGGAUCACUUCUAAGGCCCCUCCUGGUUCUCCGGGGCCCCGUGGACCUCCUGGGACUUGUGACCCUGGCGACUGCCUCCCGCCAUCCUUAUGA